AAGAAUUGAAGUUUUGUAAAAUCGUAGACGCACUCGUGGUAAAAAAAAUGUGUAUGAUAUUCAUAUGAUAGCACGCGUGAGAAAAUAAAAAAGGAAACAACAAUUUUAAUAUCAUUUUAUUCACACGAAAAUGUCGAUGGCAUCAAAUAUCGUAAAAAUGCACAAAGUUGGGAAAUUAAAUUCCUCGAUUGAUAUCAUCCCAUUACAAGAACUCGGUGAAGAUCAUAAAUCAAAAACUAUGAAUAACAAACACAAAGUUGAUUCUUCCCAUAGAUAUUUACGUGAUCAAUUAUUAAUUUCACGUGUACAAACGUAUAUGCAUGAAAAUGAAAACAAAGUCUAUAUAGAUGUUAAUGAAAUGGCAGAUGCUUUACAAAGAAAAUAUCGUGAUUAUCGUAUUAAAAAAAGAGGUCCAUUUAGAGCACUAGUACGCAAAGCUUACGACGAACUUACAGAAAGGUUUGCAAAGAAAUAUUGUGCUCGUGACUGGCCUGCCUACGAUGACGAAGACGAAGAAGAAGAAGUCGAUGUUGAGUCAGAUCCUCAAAAUACCAUGUUGGAUGGUAUGUUAUUAAAAAUGUAUAAAAAGUCACAAAAUAAACAAAAUGGAAAUUCCAGUGAUAAAGAACUUAUAGAUAUUAGCAGCGAUGACGACGUAAGCAAAGUAGAAUCAAAUUCUAACAAAACAAACGAGUCCGAGAUCACGGAAAAGAAUCUACAACAAAAACCUGGUCCAUCCUCCUGUGCAAAGCAAGCUGAACCUACUCAAGAAGAACAUAUAAAAAUACCAGUAAGAGAAACACAACAAGGUAAAGAUAUAAUAAGAAGAUCAAGAACAACAGCAAUAACUACAACAGGAAUUACAGAACUUGUUAACAGAAAGCGACAACGGGAUAGAGAUAGCGAUAAUACUCAAUUCACGUUCUCAAAGAAAGCUAAAGGAGUACCUAUUUCUGAGCCGAAAGUUACAUUUACAGACAUAGGAGGAAACGACAAAGUUUUAAAAACUGUAUGUAAAUUACUUGCACAUAUGAAACAUCCAGAAAUUUUCAAACAACUUGGCAUAUCACCACCACGAGGAUUUUUACUUCAUGGUCCACCCGGAUGUGGAAAAACUUUAUUAGCGUACGCUAUCGCAGGAGAAUUAGGAAUACCCUUAUUAAAGGUAGCAGCACCUGAACUAGUGGCUGGUGUAUCAGGGGAAAGUGAGGCAAGAAUUCGAGAGCUCUUCGAACAGGCACUUGCACUUGCACCCUGUGUAAUUUUUCUAGAUGAAAUCGAUGCUGUAGCACCACACAGAGCUACGGCUCAAAGAGAAAUGGAGAGAAGAAUCGUAGCGCAGUUACUGUCGUGUUUGGAUGAACUGAGUCUGAAAGAGAACGGUAUUAGGGUAUUAGUACUCGGAGCAACGAAUCGACCUGAUUCGUUAGAUCCAGCGUUGAGAAGAGCUGGUCGGUUCGAUCAUGAAGUUUGCCUUGGGAUACCCGAUAGGGACGCUAGAGCAAAAAUUUUAGCCGUACAUACGGAAAAAGUGGCACUUGCCCCUAAUGUUAGUUUAUCUACGAUUGCUUCGCUUACACCUGGUUUUGUUGGUGCUGAUUUAGUUGCGUUAAUUAGGGAAGCAGCCAUGGCAGCUGUAGAUAGAAUACUCGAAGAUUUAAAUAGGUCCGUGCCAGAUAAUAAAUCGCCGGAAACAUCGGAAGUUACUAACGACACCGAUAAAGAAUCACAAAAUUUUGAAAAUUCUGGCAAUCUAGUUGAAGAACCAACAAUCGAACCAUCUACCUCAGAUCAAAAUGAUGUUCCUAAAUUAGACAAGACGAGUAAUCCAGAUAAUCUGCAAACACCGUUGGAGAUGGACGUAACGCAAGAAAAUUCAAAAUCUCCCGAUUUAACAGGGUUACUCACUUGGUUACGCAACGAUCCACCGAUUCCGUCAGAACGACUUUCAAGCUUGUGUAUCGAACAUAGCGAUUUUGAAGCCGCGCUUCGUAUAAUACAGCCAUCUGCGAAAAGAGAAGGUUUCGCGACUGUACCUGACGUUACGUGGGACGAUGUCGGUUCUUUAAGAGAUAUCAGAGAGGAAUUGCAAAUGACUAUACUCGCUCCAGUUCGACAUUCUGAACAUUUUACAGCCUUAGGAUUAACGACACCUACUGGAGUAUUAUUAUGUGGUCCGCCCGGUUGCGGAAAAACAUUGUUAGCUAAAGCUAUCGCGAACGAAGCGGGUAUUAAUUUUAUUUCCGUUAAAGGGCCAGAACUGUUAAAUAUGUACGUCGGCGAAAGUGAAAAAGCAGUUCGACAGUGUUUUAUCAGAGCAAGAAAUUCUGCACCGUGCGUUAUAUUUUUUGACGAAUUAGACGCGUUAUGCCCUAGAAGAUCGGAAGGUGAUAACUCCGCGACCUCGCGCGUCGUGAACCAAAUGCUUACCGAAAUGGAUGGAGUCGAAGGACGACAAGGAGUAUUUUUGAUGGCUGCAAGUAAUCGACCCGAUAUCAUUGAUCCAGCCGUGUUAAGACCAGGAAGAUUGGAUAAAAUUUUAUACGUUGAUUUGCCUACAUCCGCGGAUCGUGUCGAUAUUUUAAGAGCAUUAACAAAGAAUGCAACUAAACCAAAAUUAGCGGUGGAUGUAAAUCUUGAAGAAAUAGGAUAUAACAGUAAGUGCGAUGGUUAUACUGGCGCAGAUUUGGCAGCUUUGAUUAGAGAAGCUGGAAUCGAGGCAUUAAGAGAUUUAAUGGAUAUGCAUUAUUCGGGACAACCAGAAAUCUCUAUGCGACAUAUCUUGAGCGCAUUCGAUAAAAUCAGACCGUCCGUGCAAGAAAAGGAUAUUAAACAUUACGAGAAACUGAAGAAACUAUAUUCGAUAAAAAAAAAAUUAGACGAUACCCCAAUGGAAACUCCAGUAGAUACGCCUAUAGUGGACGUCGUUAUGGAACCCAUGGAAACGUGAAAUAAAAAUAUUUAAUAAGUAUGUAAAAAUCUUCCAAUUCAAAAGUACACUUUGGAUCUGACUAGACCGGACAGAAAAA